AUCAGUGAUCAGUGGAAGCUGAAUGAAAGCUGAACACUUGGUUAGUUAAACUGCCAAUAUUUUUUAGUCUGAAAUCUGAUAUAUGUUUUGUACAUUUUGUGAAAUCAAAGCUAUUUCUGUUCUGCUGCUAACAGCUAAGAGUGGUUUCUCUGGAUGAAAGUAGCUGCCUUUGCUACUCUGUGUCUCAGGAGCACGUGGUCCUCGGUGGGAGGUCACCUCUGUCCCUGGGGAGCUGCUGCUCCUAGCCAAGCCUGGAUAAAAGGAGAAGCAGCUGCUCACGUCUCAUCUGGCUUUGAGACGAGGACGAUGAGGAUGCUGAUGCGGGGGAGCCUUCACCUGUCAUGCUGGGAGCUCAUGCUGCUGCUUGGCUGGGCUAUAGGUGGCACCGUUGGGGCCAAGCUCACGCUGGGUCUCCAGGCUCCACGCAACCUCUCAUACCCUUUCAGUGCGCUGAGGCUGGGGGGGGCCCUUCAGGUGGCUGUGGACCGUGUCACCACAGAUCGCAGCUUCUUGGGGGGCCACAGCUUUGACAUAGUGUACACAGACUCCCAGUGUGAUGCCAAGAUGUCAUUGGGCAGCUUCAUCGACCAGGUGUGGAGGGAGAAUAUCUCAGCCCUGUUUGGGCCAGUCUGCCCAGAGGAAGCAGAGGUCACAGGACUCAUGGCAUCUAAGUGGAACAUCCCCAUGUUCGGCUUUGUGGGACAGUCACCCAAAAUGGACAAUUUUGCAGUGUAUGACACAUACAUUAAGCUGGUUCCCCCGCUCAAACGUAUCGGGGAGGUCCUUAUUAAAACACUGGACUUCUUUGGCUGGACUCACAUAGCCAUAAUUGGAGGAGGAGCAGAAUCGAACACCUGGGACAAAGUCGACGAGCUGUGGAAGUCUGUGGAAGCACAGCUCCGAGGGAGGUUUAACGUGACAGCCCAAGUAAAGUUCGACGUGGCCAACCUGGACCUGGUCCGUGAAAACGUGAAGCACAUCUCCAAAGUUGCACGAAUUAUAGUGGUGCUCAGCAACGCCGAGGACUCCAACGCCAUCCUGCAUGAGGCUGUCAGACAGCAGCUCAUGAAUGGAGAGUAUCUGUUUCUCCUUGUGCAGCAGUUUGAGGUCAGUGGCAAUGUGGGAAGCCUCUGGAAGUACGCCGUGAACGAUGUGAGCAACCACACGGCCCUGCAGGCCUUCGAUAUGGUCUUUGUCAUUGGCCAGAAGUCCUAUGACAGUUAUGACUACUAUGACUUUUUUGAACAAGUCCAUGAGAAGCUGAAACUGGACCCUUUCCACAGCAACCUGACAUCAGAGAAUGAGGUCAGUCCUUAUGCAGCCUAUCUGCAUGAUGCUGUUCUGCUGUAUGCCAUGGGUCUAAAGGAGGUCCUGAAAGAAGGCAGAAACCCCUACGAUGGGCGGGAGGUGCUGCGCAGGCUGAAGGACAAGAGCAAGAUCCGAUUCUACGGGGCCACUGGCUUGGUCUACUUUGACUCGGAAGGAGAGCGAGCCAUGGAUUACUCCGUCUACGACUUGCAGUACCCCAGCGAUGAGCCCAAGUUUGUUCCUGUGCUGAACUUCGACAGCCAGUCCAGGACACUGAGACCCACCGCAAAGUUUCCCUUGAUCCUUUGGCCAAAUGGGGAGCCUCCAACUGACUAUCCUGCCUGCGGGUUCAACAACGAAGUCUGCGAAUGGCUCUUUCAGGACAUUUCUCUGAUAUUUCUGCUGGUGGCACUGCCAAUUCUAGUGCUGUCCGCUGUGCUACUUAUGAGUGUCCUGCUGGUGCAGAAGUGCCGGCUUCAGACCAGGCUGGAUGGUGCAUGCUGGUGGAGGAUCCAGUAUAGUGACAUCACCAUUAUUAAGGAAUCCAAGGGACCUCAGUCUGUGGUUACCACGGCAACUCGGAGUGCCAGUGGAGGGUCUCAGACAAUGACGUCCACCAACAGCUAUGGUCUGAAGGACACCAUGAGCAAGGAGAACAUCUACACCACCACUGGCGUAUAUCAGGGAAAUCAAGUGGCCAUUAAGCACCUGGAGAGGCAGAUCAUCAGUGACAUCAGGAAGCCUUCUAUUCUGCAGGAGUUUCAAGUGAUGCGAGAGCUGAAGCAUGAGAAUUUAGUGCAGUUCUUUGGUGUUUGUAUUGAACCUCCAAACAUCUGCAUCAUCACGCAGUACUGUAAGAAGGGCAGCUUGAAGGAUGUUCUGAGGAAUUCAGAGAUCGAGCUGGACUGGAUGUUCAAACUGUCCUUUGCCUACGACAUAGUGAACGGGAUGGAUUUCAUCCAUAAGAGCAGCCUGAAGUCCCAUGGGAACCUGAAACCCACCACGUGCCUGGUGGACAGCCGUCUGCAGGUGAAGCUGUCUGGGUUUGGGCUCUGGGAGUUUCGCCAUGGCACCAAACACAGAGUCAUCCCUCAGGAAAACACAAAGUAUACAGAGAUGUACUGGUUAGCUCCAGAGCUCCUCAGGCAGAUCCACUUCAUCUUCAAUGGGAACCCAAGGGGGGACGUUUACAGCUUCGCCAUCGUCAUGCGGGAGCUGAUCUACAGCGGGGAGGAUGGACCGUUCCAUGACCUGCAGCUGGAACCCAAAGAAAUCAUCCGGCGAAUCAGGGAGCCCGGCCCGGGGGAGUUGCUGCGGCCCUCGCUUUCGGCCCAGGCCUGCAACGACGGCAUGGUGGCCUUGCUGAAGGCCUGCUGGAGUGAGGAGCCCGAGCAGCGGCCGUCGUUCACCUGCAUCAGGCGCCGACUGCGGGAGGUCAGCCCUGAGAGCCAUGUAAAUAUCCUGGACAAUAUGGUGAAUAAGCUGGAGAAAUAUGCAAAUCAUCUGGAAGAAGUGGUUGAGGAGCGGACCAAUCAGCUAACAGCAGAAAAGAUGAGAGCCGACAAGCUUUUGUCUAGCAUGUUACCAAGCUACAUUGCAGACCAGCUCAUGGCAGGGAAGUCAGUAGAGCCCAUGAGCUAUGAGAUGGUCUCCAUCUUUUUCUCUGACAUUGUGGGCUUUACAACCAUGUGCUCAAUCAGCUCGGCCUUGGAGGUGGUGACCCUGCUCAAUGACCUGUACAGCCUCUUUGAUGAGAUCAUAAAGAUGUAUGAUGUCUAUAAGGUUGAAACGAUUGGUGACGCCUAUAUGGUGGCGAGCGGCUUGCCGAUCAGCAACGGCCCCCGGCACGCCAGCGAGAUCAGCAUGAUGGCACUGCACUUCCUGUAUGCUGUGGCAGCGUUCCAAAUCCGUCACCUGCCUAAGGAGCGCUUGGCGCUGCGCAUUGGGAUACACUCAGGUCCGGUGGUGGCUGGGGUGGUGGGGUCCACUAUGCCCAGGUACUGCCUAUUCGGGGACACGGUGAACACAGCGUCUCGCAUGGAGAGCAACAGCCUGCCCUUGAAGAUCCACGUCUCUCAGAGCACUGCUGAGAUCCUCCAGAGGAUUGGCACAUUUGAACUGGAGGAAAGGGGUGAAAUCGAAGUUAAGGGAAAGGGCACCCAGAGAACAUUCUGGCUGAAGGGGAAGCAGGACUUCCAGCCUCUGGCCCCGUCCCAAAGUGGCCCCUCUGCUGAUCACACUUCUCCAAAGGAAGAGGCGGGGCAUCCAGCCAGAGUAGCCAAUCAGACCACGGGAGUGCCUCCCAAUAGUCAGAAGAAGGCCGGUUUCCCCCUGGACAGAAAGGAGAAGGCGCAGAGGAGCCUGACAACAGUGGAGGCCAGUGAUGCUGCACUUGCUGUCCCCUCCGUUUAGGCCGCAGCUGCGUCUCUAGCACAGCAGGCGACCAUGUGACCAGCCCGAGAAGUGACCAGCUAGCAUACACAGGCUAAGCUGGCCCUGUGCAGCAUGACGUGUUGUUAUGCUCUGCAGGAGCUAAGUGACAAAGGUCAGGGGUCAGGUUUGGUUAACAAAAGGUGUACAAACACAAACCUUAUGAACCUUUCUGAUCUUAGAAUAACAGAAGAGAAACUCUCUGGUAGCCAAAGGCUGCACAGCAAGCAUUAAACUGAGUGGUACGUAUGUAUGAAAUCGGGCAGUGAAAAAGUACGAUGAUGAUUCAAAGACUUAAUGUGAAUUUUACCAGAUACUCAAU